AUGUCCUCGAAAUCGCGCUGGGCCAACGACGAUGACCCAGAGACGGAGGCCAUCCUCGCCCAACGCAAACGCGAAAAGGAAGAGAAACGACGGGCGAAAGCCGAGAAACAACGUCAGCUAGAAGAGCAGCAGCAACAGCAGCAAGAGGCCAAACUCCAGGCUCAAUUGCAAGAUUACAAUUCCACACAGGCCGACGCGCCUCCACCCUCCAAGCGUCGCCGCCUCUCCAACGACCACGACCAAGCCCGACAAUCCCCGCAACCAUCCAAACCCAACAUCACCGCCGAAGGGAACAACCUCCUCACACUCCCGACCUCCGAAUGGGGCCCCUGUCGCCAUGUCGACAACUUCGAGCGCCUCAACCACAUCGAAGAAGGCAGCUACGGCUUCGUCAGCCGCGCCAAGGACAUCACGACCGGCGAGAUCGUGGCGCUCAAGAAGCUCAAGCUGGAGCCCACCUCGCCGGAGGGGUUCCCGGUGACGGGGCUCCGAGAGAUCCAGACCUUAUUCGAAGCGCGACAUCAGAACAUCAUUGAACUACGGGAGGUAGUAAUGGGGACCAAGAUGGAUGAAGUCUACCUCGUAAUGCCCUUCCUGGAACACGACCUCAAGACCCUCCUGGACGACAUGCGCGAGCCCUUCCUCCCGUCCGAGACCAAAACCCUCCUCCUCCAAAUCAUCUCCGGGCUCGACUUCCUCCACGCGCAGUGGAUCAUGCACCGCGACCUCAAGACCUCGAACCUCCUGAUGAACAACCGCGGCGAGAUCAAGAUCGCCGACUUCGGCAUGGCCCGCUACUACGGCGACCCGCCGCCGCCCAAGCUGACCCAGCUGGUCGUCACCCUCUGGUACCGCGCCCCGGAGCUGCUCCUGGGCGCCGACAAGUACGGCCCGGAGAUCGACCUGUGGAGCAUCGGGUGUAUCUUUGGGGAGCUGCUGGGCAAGGAGCCCCUGCUGCAGGGCAAGAAUGAGGUCGAUCAGGUGUCCAAGGUAUGCGCCCUCAUCCGCCCUCAUCCGCCCUCUCUCGCCCCCAUGAAUUACACCCCUCCAGUGAAAACAAUCUUCGCCCUAACCGGCCCACCAACGACCCAAACGUGGCCGGAAUUCCGAUCCCUUCCCAACGCCAAAUCCCUUCGCCUCCCAUCCUCUGCCUCAGCCCCGGGCAGUGGUGCUGCCAACCCGCCGCUCCUACCGCGCGGCAAGUUCCCGUACCUAACCAACGAGGGCCUGCGGCUGCUGUCGUCGCUCCUGGCGCUGAACCCCAAUGCGCGCCCGUCGGCCAAGCAGUGUCUGGCCCAUCCGUACUUCCGCGAAGACCCCCGGCCCAAGCCCAAGGAGAUGUUCCCUACCUUCCCCUCCAAGGCGGGCCAGGAGAAACGGAGACGACGGGAGACCCCAGAGGCGCCGAAGCGCGGCCAGGAAGCCCCCAAGUUGGAUUUCGCGAGCGUGUUUGGUGGUGCGCAGGCGGGUGCCGAUGGCCCGGAGGCCGGGGCGGGGUUUACCUUGCGCCUGGGGUAG